UCUUUCAAAUGCGCAGGCGCGCCGGAAGUGUUGUCAAAGCGGCGCGUGCGCGGUGGGAGCCAGAGGGGGGCCGGAGCGGAUCUUCAUCUGGGUCCAGUCAGAGCCGCAGCCGGAGUUGGUGGGCGCCAUGCUGUCACCGGAGGCGGAGCGAGUGCUGCAGUACCUGGUCGAGGUGGAGGAGCUGGCCGAGGAGGUGCUGGCAGACAAGCGGCAGAUUGUGGACCUGGACACUAAAAGGAAUCAGAACCGAGAGGGCCUGAGGGCCCUGCAGAAGGAUCUCAGCCUCUCUGAAGAUGUGAUGGUUUGCUUCGGGAACAUGUUCAUCAAGAUGCCUCACCCUCAGACAAAGGAGAUGAUUGAGAAAGAUCAGGAACAUCUGGAUAAAGAAAUAGAAAAACUCCGGAAACAACUUAAAGUGAAGGUCAACCGCCUCUUUGAGGCCCAAGGCAAACCGGAGCUGAAGGGUUUUAACCUGACCCCCCUCAACCAGGACGAGCUUAAAGCUCUCAAGAUCAUCCUGAAAGGAUGAGACUCAAGAAGCAAGAUGGGGGACCGAUGACCAGCAUCCCCCCUGGGGUCAUGGAGGACUCAGGACCUUCUAGGCUUGAAACCUGCAAAGACAGCAUCUGCCCUGUACAGGGACAGGCAUCAGGAAUCCGGCCACGACUCCUGUACGGAGCCUCUUUGUGCGUAGUGCUUGGCUGCUCUGUGAUGGCAGGAGGGCAGCCUCGGCCUGCCGCUGUCUGCCGGACCUGACCACCAGGGCUCAGUGCACACAAGACCUAUUGACGGGCCCUGGCGGCCACCAGUGGGUGUGUGGGGCAGUGCCUGCGGGGGCGUGAGAAUGACUGCAACGGGCACUUCUCAACAAUGGCCUGCUGUUCACACAGCCUGGCAGGGGAGAACGGAGAGGGCCAGAGCGGGAUGUCAUCCCAGCGUCCCUUUCGGAAAAGAGGAGAGGUGUUUUCAGGCAAGUGUAGCGGAAUUGGAACAAAGCAGGGAGCUCACGAGUGGUUUGUGAAUGAAGGACAGACUCUCGGUGCCUUGUGUGCACCACAGCCGUCUGUGGGGCAGACACAUUUCCCCACUGCCUCCAGUUCUGCCCUUCCUUCCCGCUUGCUUCCAGGAGUGCGUGCUGCUUGUCAACCGCCGUGGUCCUCUUUAGUCAGGAGGGCCUUGCAGAGUCCUGCACCAGGGGUGGGUGAGUGGGGCCGCCGCUUAACAUGCUGCGCGUGUCAGGCAUGCCCCUCCACCACCUCUGAAAGCAGGGCCUGGCCAGCGCUGCUCAGAGUCCCGUCUGCCUCGGUGGUCUGAGGUCCUAGUGUGAAUGUGCCGUGAGGACAAAACUGUCUUUUGUGUUCCUUGAGG